AACCUGAAACCUCCCGAAUGCGCAUCUGCAAACUCUACAGUAGGCUACAUGUUGCAUAUCAGAGAGGCAGUUACCCUGUUAACUUGUCGCAGAUGCAGGUGAUCCAGCACCCCGCAGAGACAAUUCGCACAGCCCUGGUGUCCAGCCGCUGUGACCUGACUGAUCGCUACCAUAAGUACAGUCGAGAAGAGCGGAGGCUCCUGGAGGAGUGUCUCUGCCUGGGGGAUGGGUCCUUGUUCCGGCCCAUCACUGUGCACUCUGACUUAGACUGGAUCCACUUGCACCCAGAGGAGCCGCAGGACUUCCAGAGUUUCUAUAGCAACCCCUACCGCAGCAAACCCAUCAAGGGUCACAGUACUAUCUACCUACAGAUCAUCGGUAGGUGGGUCCACAGGAGGCAGAGGACAGGCCAGUACGUGAGGUGGUUGAGGGACUACUGCCAGGCCUUCUAUUAUUGGCUGGUGGUUAAGCUGUUGCCUCCAGUGACCGUUGCUGCCACAGACUGUGCCUUCAGGAUCAACAGCAGUUCACACAACCUACAGAUCCACGCAGGGGAUUUGCUGCGGUUUCUUCAGAAGAGGAAACCAUAAGAUGCCUUCGGCAUCAUGGGCAUCACUGUGAUAGAUCUCUUCCCCAAAGAUUCCUGAAACUUUGUGUUUGGACAGGCCUCUCUCACUGAAGGAAUGGGAGUUUUCAGCUUUGCCAGAAUGGUGUCAGUUUCAGUAUCAAUCCCUAUUGUCCUAGGGUGGCCUAUUGAACAUAAGUCUGAUCUUUGGCCCUGUCUAGAAAUGGAUUGUUAUUGGUUCCGUCUUAUCCCCUACAUUUAUGCCUAUCCCUCCUCUGUUUGGUUCCAGAUGGUCACCCAUGAGAUAGGGCACAUAUUCGGGGUGAAAUACUGCCAGUGGAUGCAGUGUGUCAUACAGGGUUCCAACCACCUGGAGCACUCAGACCGCCGGCCCCUGGACCUUUGCCUGGUCUGCCAUCGGAUUCAAAAUGGCUGACAGAUACAAGACCUUGCUGCGAUGGAUAGAGAAGGGGGGAACGGCUAGCCCUGGACAGCCCACUAUCUCCUAGUCAGACUCCGAGCCCUACUGUCCCAAACCCACUCUGCCCUUCCAGACCUUCAGACAGUGGCUCAGGAG